CAGACGACCUUGCUUCUAAACAUGGAUGACAUAGUGCUAUUUCCACUACUGAUAGCUUUUCUAGGUCUGCUCUUUUAUGGGGUCCUGAGGGGUUUGCAAUCCAUUUGGUGGAAACCCAAACUGUUACAGAGGCACUUAAAGAAACAAGGAAUCAUGGGUACCACUUAUAGGCCUCUGAUUGGAGACAUGAAAGAAUAUGUGAAGCUGAUAACUGAAGCUUGGUCCAAACCUAUGACACUAGAUCACAAGAUUGUUUCCAGAGUUGAUCCCUUCACUCUGAAGAAUAUGCAGAAAUAUGGUGAGAUAUCAAUGUUUUGGUCCGGGACAAGUCCAAGGUUGAUAAUCAAGGAUCCAAAGCUGGUGAUUGAGGUGUUAUCUAACAAGCGAGGUCAUUUUGGGAAGCCACCAUUAAAUCCAAACAUUCUCAUUAUAACCAGGGGACUGACAACUUUAGAGGGUUAUACUUGGGCAAGACGCAGAAGAAUUCUUAAUCCUGCAUUCCACCUAGAGAGAUUGAAGGGUAUGUUACCAGUAUUCUCCAGCAGUUGUAGCAGUAUGAUAGAAAGAUGGCAGAACAUGACUAACCUUGAAGGAAAAUGUGACAUUGAUGUCUGGCCUGAGCUUCAAAAGUUUACUGCUGAUGUUAUUUCUGAGUCAGCUUUUGGUAGCAACUAUGAAGAAGGGAAGCAUAUUUUCGAACUUCUCAGAGAGCUCGUGAUUCUGGUUAUUGAAGCCAUGCAGACUUUAUACCUUCCUGGAUUCAGGUUUAUCCCAACAAAGAAAAACCAGAGAAGAAAAAAACUGGACAGGGAGGUCAGAUCAAUGUUAAGAGAUUUGAUACAGAGGAAGAAGCAUUCAAUGAGACUUGGACAGUCUAGAAAUGAUGACUUACUAGGUCAGCUCCUACAAUCAAUCACAGAGAACAAUGGUGAUGAUCAGAUGACAGAGGAAGAUGUAGUAGAGGAGUGCAAGCAGUUUUAUGUUGCCGGCCAUGAGACAACCUCAAGUUGGCUAACAUGGACAAUGAUAGUACUAGCCAUUCACCCUGAUUGGCAAGAAAAGGCAAGGAAGGAGGCCCUACAAAUUGGUCAGGAGCAGGAAUUGGACUACAGAACCAUAGCCAACUUCAAAAUAAUAAACAUGAUACUUCAUGAAGUUUUGAGGUUAUAUCCACCAGUGAUUGCUUUGUAUCAACAUACAUACAAAGAGACAAAGAUAGGAGACAUCACACUUCCAGCUGGAGUUGAUCUUACACUGCCUAUUUUGCUACUUAAUCAUGAUCCUGAAAUUUGGGGAGAUGAUGCAGGCGAGUUUAAACCAGAGAGAUUCUCUGAGGGAGUCUACAGGGCAAGUAAGGAUCAGUUAGCAUUCUUUCCUUUUAGUUGGGGACCAAGGACUUGUAUUGGCCAAAAUUUUGCCAUGCUAGAAGCUAAGAUGGCUUUAGCUAAUAUUUUACGACAUUUCUCAUGGGAGCUCUCUCCUUCUUACGUUCAUGCUCCUUACACAGUUAUGACUCUUCAACCACAACAUGGAGCUCAAAUCACAUUGCACCAGCUCUAACACGUUGUAAGCUGGCAUGUGCAUUUUCAUUCAGUAAAUAAGGCCAUGGUAUCUAAACAAAGAAUAUAUGUUUGUUUACCUUCCGAUCGAUGUCUGCAUUUGGAGGUUAAAUUUGCUUCUAGAUCAUGAAAUUAUUGUGACUUUCAUCUUAUGAUCUUUGUUUUGGGUUUA